AAAAGCAGAGACUCAGAAGGCUUAAGUCAUAGGCCAAGGUCAUCCAGCCAGUUGAAUGGUGGAGUGGGGAAUAUCUGGAUCCAGGCAGUCAGACCUUUUUUUUUUUUUUUUUUUUUUUUUGAGACGGAGUCUCACUCUGUCGCCCAGGCUGGAGUGCAGUGGCAUGAUCUCGGCUCACUGCAAGCUCCGCCUUCCGGGUUCACGCCAUUCUCCUGCCUCAGCCUCCCAAGUAGCUGGGACUACAGGCGCCCACCACCAGGCCUGGCUAAUUUUUUUUUUGUAUUUUUAGUAGAGACGGGGUUUCACCGUGUUAGCCAGGAUGGUUUCGAUCUCCCGAGCUCGUGAUCCGCCCGCCAGGCAGUCAGACUUUAUUAGAACAUGCACUUCAAAUUAGCAAGAAGGAAUGAGAACAAGAACGACAAAAUUAAAAAAUGCUGGCCAAAGAAAACUAAAACAAUGUACAAUAUUUAGUCCUGAGAUCACUAGCAGUGAAGGCAAAGAAGAAUGCAUAAUGGGUUUCUACAGCUCUCACUGUUCGGUUAUAGAAAAUAUUUCUACAUUAGUACAAGAACUUUUCUUCCUAGCCCUCAGUUUUGAGAGGAGUUUAUCAAGAAGGUCUCUGAGUUCAUUCAAUUAAUGGCAUCAUCUAAGGCUGUUUAAUAACAAAUGCAGAGGUAGUCCACCUAAGGAACUUUUGCCUUUACCUUUGAGACAAAGCCCAGAGCCUCACGUUAGGAGUACAGUUCUCUAAAUAUAAGCCUCCAGGGCAGAAGCGAGGGGAGGAUGGAGGGACACAAUGCAGAUUUACAGCCUGGUGGGUACAGCCUUUGUCCUCUCCAUGUCUAUUGUCACUCUUGAGGUCCAAGCCUCUACUGCACUGUCUGGUUUACUGCACAACCCAACUUGGCUGCUUGCUUCUGGUCUCUCCCCACCAAACCAUCCUUCACACUGCUUCCAGGUUAAUAUUUCCAAGACACUGCAUUUGCAAAUUCACUCCUCUGUUUAAAAAUGUUUCAGUGACUUGCAACUUGUCUACAGUGUGAAGUAUAAAUUUAUUAGCUUGUUGUUUAAAGCCUUCUACAACCAGACCCCGACCGACCUUCACGUCCUAUUGAGAGGUGACAGCCUGCUGGCAGCUCUCGCAGCCCUGGCUCGCUCUUGGCGCCUCCGCGGCCUUGGCGCCCACUCUGGCCGGGCUUGAGGAGCCCUUCAGCCCGCCGCUGCACUGUAGGAGCCCCUUUCCGGGGUGGCCAAGGCCAGAGCCAGCUCUCUCAGCUUGCAGGGAGGUGUGGAGGGAGAAGCGUGGGCGGGAACCGGGGCUGCGCUGGGCGCUUGCGGGCCAGCGCGAGCUCCCGGUGGGCGUGGGCUAGGCGGGCCCGCACUCGGAGCGGCAGGCGGCCAGCCCCAGGCAGUGAACAGCUUAGCACGUGGGCCAGCAGCUGCUGUACUCCAUUUCUCGCCGGGCCUUAGCUGCCUCCCCGGGGGGCAGGGCUCGCGACCUGAGCCACCUGCCCGCGCCCCAGCCAUGGGCUCCUGCGCGGCCAGAGCCUCCCCAAGGAGCGCCGCCCCCUGAUCCAGGGUGCCCAGUCCCAUCAACCGCCCAAGUGCUGAGGAGUGCGGGCGCCCUGCGCGGGACUGGUAGGCAGCUCCACCUGCGGCCUGUGAGGCAUCUACUGGAUGAAGCCAGCUGGGCUUCUGAGUCUAGUGGCGACUUGGAGAAACUUUAUGGCUAGCUAAGGGAUUGUAAAUACACCAAUCAGCACUCUGUAUCUAGCUCAAGCUUUGUAAACACACCAAUCAGCACCCUGUGUCUAGCUCAGGGUUUGUGAAUGCACCAACCGGCACUCUGUAUCUAGUUAAUCUGGUGGGGACUUGGAGAGCUUUUAUGUCUGGCUAAGGGAUUGUGAAUGCACCGAUCGGCACUCUGUAUCUAGCUCAAAGUUUGUAAAUGCACCAAUCAGCACUGUUUGUCUAGCUCACGGUUUGUAAAUACACCAAUCGACAAUCUGUAUCUAGCUAAUCUAGUGGGGACCUGGAGAACUUGUGUCUAGCUCAGGGAUUAUAAACGCACCAAUCAGCACCCUGUCAAAACGGACCAAUCAGCUCUCUGUAAAACAGACCAAUCAGCUCUCUGUAAAAUGGACCAAUCAGCAGGAUGUGGGUGGAGCCAGAGAAGAGAAUAAAAGCAGGCUGCCCAAGCCCAUAGCGGUAACUACAUCAGGAUUGUCUUUCCAAGCUCUGAAAGUGUGGUUGUUUCGCUCUUUAGCUGUACAGUGCAUUAAUGUGCUAUUAACACCACAAAGGUCUGCAGCUUCAUUCUUGAAGCUGGGGAGGCUAUGACUGCACUGGAAUGGAGAAAAAACUCCACUACGCACCGUCUUUAGAGCUGUAACACUCAUGGUGAAGGUCUGCAGCUUUACUUCUGAGCCAGCAAGACCAUGAACCCACCAGAAGGAAGAAACUUCGGACACGCCGCCUUUAAGAACUGUAACACUCACCACGAGGGCUUCCGGCUUCAGUCUUGAGUCAGUGAGACCCAGAACCCACAAAUUCCAGAUACUAUCACUUUCUAUUUCUCUAAUGGUGGUGCUUAAAUUGGAUGAUUCAUACCCUAGGAGUGUGCAUGUGUGGGAUGGGGGCUGAAGCGAUAGGCUAAAAAACCUAGCGUACCUUCUAUUCUAGAGGUGUCAAUUUACCAGACAACAGUUAUUUUUAAAGUUUGUUUUUAUACAAAAACAGAUGUUGUAGGGUAGAAUGCAACGUUUUUAUGGGCCUGUGGGCCAUUUGUACAUUUUUGGAGAAAUGGCUAUUUAAAUACUCUGCCCAUUAAUUCUAAACUUAAAACUAAGACUUCAAAGACCCUGUAAGGAUUUUGCUGGGCCACAUCCCAAGACCCUGAAGGGUAUUCCUCGCCUUCUCUAAACUGCCCAAGUCGGAAGCAGGUGACAAACUGACCCUGGACACUCACCUUUUGUAAAUUCCCACCUCCAAGCUUUUUGACAGUUUGUAACACUGGCUCCUCUCCCCGAAACCCUUUCCUUCAAGUCCCAGCAACUCUCCCAGACCCUGCUGGGAAGGUGCACCAAUUACCUGUCAUUCCAGGAAAGCUCAUAGCAUAAGAUGAUCCCAUUGAUCAUCUCCCAGAACCAGACUUACUGAAAAGUUCUUAAGGACCAGCUAGUCCAAUCCCUCACUGAAUAAAGGAGAAGCAAAGUCUAGGGAGAUGAGGUGAUGCGUUGUCCUCCUAAUUAGCAGGUGAGCUCCUGGCAGGGCUGAGGUUUCAUCUUCUGGGUUCUCUGUAAGGUCGUGCCCGGCACAGGCCAGAAACAAUUUCAUAAACUCGUCAUCUAGACAGCCUUUCACUGACACCAUCUCUCCGCGUGGAGGAGCCGCUGGGGUGCGCGGGGCAGGUGUCGUCCGUUUCAGAGGUAAAAUAACCGAGCUGCAGACCUCCGGAGGCCGACUAUAGCCGGGGUCAGAAGACAGGUUUCCCGUCUCGGGAACAGCGCCCGUCCCUGGGCGUUAGAACAUCGGCUGAUGUUUCAUCUGGUCAGGCAACCAUCCACCGCUUAGUACACCUGGCGCUAAUCGGCGGGGAUUAAUCUCACGCCCCGCAGCUGGCGGAAAGCAGCGGGAGGAGGCACCUAGCCCUGGGGUUGAGAUCCAAGUUCCGGAGCGCGCAAACCACGCCCCUCUAGUUGCCGAUGGCUGUGUUCGCGCGCGCGCGCGUGUCCCGGAGUGCGCAUGCGCAGCGGCGGGGGUUGUUCCGGCAGCCUUUCACUGAGGGGACCCGCCAGUUUCAAAUUCAGCGGCGUUUGCCCUGAUUCCCGGGGCCUGGCUUUCAGCGUAGCAAUUCCGCUGGCGAAGAAGGUGAGGGCAGUGCUGUGUGGCAGCAGAGCUCCUUAAGACGAGGAGCAGCGGGACGAGGAAGGGCAGACUCUGGUGAAAUCGCAAACUGGGCGUCUGUUCCGGCCCGGGACUCCUGUAUGUAAAGGUUCAUGGCUAAUGAAACACAGAAGGUUGGUGCCAUCCGUUUUCCUUUUCCCUUCACGCCCUAUUCCAUCCAGGAAGACUUCAUGGCAGAGCUGUACCGGGUUUUGGAGGCUGGCAAGAUUGGGAUAUUUGAGAGUCCAACUGGCACUGGGAAGUCUUUAAGUCUUAUUUGUGGGGCCCUCUCCUGGCUCCGUGACUUUGAACAGAAGAAGCGUGAAGAAGAGGCACGACUCCUUGAAACUGGAACUGGCCCCUUACAUGAUGAGAAAGAUGAAUCCCUGUGUCUGUCUUCUUCCUGCGAAGGGGCUGCAGGCGCCCCGAGGCCUGCUGGAGAACCGGCCUGGGUUACUCAGUUUGUGCAGAAGAAAGAAGAGAGGGACCUGGUGGACCGACUAAAGGCAGAGCAGGCCAGGAGGAAGCAGCGAGAAGAACGCCUACAGCAGCUGCAGCACAGGGUGCAGCUCAAGUAUGCAGCCAAGCGCCUGAGGCAGGAAGAAGAAGAAACGGAGAAUCUCCUCCGCCUCAGCAGGGAGAUGCUAGAGACAGGCCUGGGGGCUGAGCGGCCGGAGCAGCUGGAGUCUGGGGAGGAGGAGCUGGUCCUUGCCGAAUACGAGAGUGAUGAGGAGAAAAAGGCGGCGAGCGGAGUGGAUGAGGAUGAGGAUGACCUGGAGGAAGAACACGUAACUAAGAUUUAUUACUGUAGUCGGACACACUCCCAGCUGGCCCAGUUUGUGCAUGAGGUGAAGAAGAGCCCCUUUGGCAAGGAUGUUCGGCUGGUCUCCCUCGGCUCCCGGCAGAACCUUUGUGUAAAUGAAGACGUGAAAAGCCUAGGUUCUGUGCAGCUUAUCAACGACCGCUGUGUGGACAUGCAGAGGAGCAGGCACGAGAAGAAGAAAGGAGCUGAGGAGGAGAAGCCAAAGAGGAGGAGGCAGGAGAAGCAGGUGGCCUGCCCCUUCUACAACCAUGAGCAGAUGGGCCUCCUCCGGGACGAGGCCCUGGCAGAGGUGAAGGAUAUUGAGCAGCUGCUGGCCCUUGGGAAGGAGGCCCGUGCCUGUCCUUAUUACGGGAGCCGCCUUGCCAUCCCUGCAGCCCAGCUGGUGGUGCUGCCCUAUCAGAUGCUGCUGCAUGCGGCCACUCGGCAGGCUGCAGGCAUCCGGCUGCAGGACCAGGUGGUGAUCAUCGACGAGGCGCACAACCUGAUCGACACCAUCACGGGCAUGCACAGCGUGGAGGUCAGCGGCUCCCAGCUCUGCCAGGCCCAUUCCCAGCUGCUGCAAUACAUGGAGCGAUACGGGAAGCGUUUGAAGGCCAAGAACCUGAUGUACCUGAAGCAGAUCCUAUAUUUGCUGGAGAAAUUCGUGGCCGUGCUGGGGGGGAACAUUAAGCAAAAUCCCAAUACACAGAGCCUGUCACAGACAGGGACGGAGCUGAAGACCAUCAACGACUUUCUCUUCCAGAGCCAGAUCGACAACAUCAACCUGUUCAAGGUGCAGCGAUACUGUGAGAAGAGCAUGAUCAGCAGAAAGCUCUUUGGAUUCACUGAACGGUACGGAGCAGUGCUCUCAUCCCGGGAGCAGCCCAAACUGGCUGGGUUUCAGCAAUUCCUGCAGAGCCUGCAGCCCAGGACGACUGAAGCUCUUGCAGCCCCUGCAGACGAGAGUCAGGCCAGCGCCCCACGACCAGCUUCCCCACUGAUGCACAUCGAAGGCUUCCUGGCAGCUCUCACUACGGCCAACCAGGACGGCAGGGUCAUCCUGAGCCGCCAAGGCAGCCUCAGUCAGAGCACCCUGAAAUUUCUGCUCCUGAAUCCAGCUGUGCACUUUGCCCAAGUGGUGAAGGAAUGCCGGGCAGUGGUCAUUGCGGGGGGGACCAUGCAGCCGGUGUCUGACUUCCGGCAGCAGCUGCUGGCCUGUGCAGGAGUGGAAGCUGAGCGCGUGGUGGAGUUUUCUUGUGGUCACGUGAUCCCUCCAGACAACAUCCUGCCCCUUGUCAUCUGCAGUGGGAUCUCCAACCAGCCGCUGGAAUUCACGUUCCAGAAAAGAGAGCUGCCUCAGAUGAUGGACGAGGCGGGUCGCAUCCUCUGUAACCUCUGCGGUGUGGUUCCUGGAGGGGUGGUCUGUUUCUUCCCCUCCUACGAGUACCUGCGCCAGGUCCAUGCCCACUGGGAGAAGGGUGGCCUGCUGGGCCGUCUGGCUGCCAGGAAGAAGAUAUUCCAGGAACCUAAGAGCGCACACCAGGUGGAGCAGGUGCUGGUGGCGUAUUCCAGGUGCAUCCAGGCCUGUGGCCAGGAGAGAGGCCGGGUGACAGGGGCCCUGCUCCUCUCUGUGGUUGGAGGAAAGAUGAGUGAAGGGAUCAACUUCUCUGACAACCUAGGCCGGUGUGUGGUGAUGGUGGGCAUGCCCUUCCCCAACAUCAGGUCUCCAGAGCUGCAGGAGAAGAUUGCUUACUUGGAUCAAACCCUUCCCAGAGCCCCAGGCCAGGCGCCCCCAGGGAAGGCUCUGGUGGAGAACCUGUGUAUGAAGGCCGUCAACCAGUCCAUAGGCAGGGCCAUCAGGCACCAGAAGGAUUUUGCCAGCAUAGUGCUCCUGGACCAGCGGUAUGCCCGGCCCCCUGUCCUGGCCAAGCUGCCGGCCUGGAUCCGAGCCCAUGUGGAGGUCAAAGCUACCUUUGGCCCCGCCAUUGCUGCUGUGCAGAAGUUUCACCGGGAGAAGUCGGCCUCUUCCUGAUGGGCAACCACACCACUGCCUGGCGCCGCGCGCUUCCUUUGUCCUGCCCGCUGGAGACAGUGUUUGUCAUGGGCCUGGUCUGCAGGGAUCCUGUUACAAAGGUGAAACCCAGGAGGAGAGUGUGGAGUCCAGAGCGCUGCCAGGACGCAGGCGCAGGCAUUAGCUCCCGUAGGAGAAAAUAGGGGAAUCCUGAAGUAACAGUGGGUCCUGGCUGUCCUUGGGGCGUUCCAGGGCAGCUCCCCUCCUGGAAUAGAAUCUUUCUUUCCAUCCUGCGUGGCCGAGAGCCAGGCUUCCUGCCUGGUCUCCGCAGGAGGCUGUGGCAGCUGUGGCAUCCACUGUGGCAUCUCCAUCCUGCCAGCCUUCUUAAGAGGUGAGAUGGAGCAGGCCCGUCUGCCUCUGUACUUUCUAGCCAAGGUUAGCUGCCCUGGACUGCUCACCCUCUGGUCUCAAUUUGAAAUGAUCCCAUGGCCACAGGGCUCCUGCCCAGGGGCUUGUCACCUUCCCCUCUUUCUUCCUGAAUCACUUUCUGCAGCCCUGCUCCCUAACCUGCCCCACAGCCCUGCCUGGAUUUGUAUCCUUGGCUUCGUGCCAGUUCCUUCAAGUCUAUAGCACCUCCCUUCCUCUCAACCACUUGAGCAAACUCCAAGACACCUUCUACUCCGACACCAGCAAUUAUGCCAAGGGCCAUUAGGCUCUCAACAUGACUAUAGAGACCGCAUGUCAUCACGGAGACCUUUUUUCCUGUGGGAAAAUAACCCUCCCACCUGCAAUAGCUGCCCCUGCUGACUGCACCUGUCUUCUCCCUCUGACCCCAGAGAAAGGGGCCGUGGUCAGCUGGGAUCUUCUGCCACCAUCAGGGACCAACGGGGGCAGGAGGAAAGUCACUGAUGCCCAGAUGUUUGCAUCCUGCACAGCUACAGGUCCUUAAUUAAAAGUGUGCUGUUGGUUUCUGCUCA